AUGGCAUUCAAGCAUAAUUCUGAGUGUUUUCAUAGUAACAUUUCAACUUGGAACAUUUUCGGAAUAUGGCCGAAAGAAAACUCAAUCAAAUAUUACACUUUCCUUUCCGUUGUUUAUGCGAUACUUACACUUAUUACGUAUAACGUGAUUUUAACUAUAAAUUUAUUUUAUACAUAUAAUCAAAUAGAAGAAUUAAUUUCAGAAGUCAUUUUCUAUUUCAACGAAGUAACGAUUAUGUCAAAAGCGUAUAUGGUUAUAUUCAAAAGAAAGCAAAUUAUAGAAGUGUUGAAAAUUCUAGAUUGUGAAGAAUUCAAGGGUACUGAUGCUAUAACUACCGAAAUAAUACAGAAAGAUUUGUCAACAUACAGAACUUGUUACAAAACAUAUAACUAUUCUUGUAUUAUAUCGUUUAUGUUAAGAGUCGUUGUACCAAUUUUCGUACAUUUAAUUUGGGGUAAUCACCUCGGGUUACCCAUAUCUAACUAUAGGUUACUUAAUGAUGAAGUUCGGGAAAAAUACUUUGUUUUAUGUUACUUAUAUCAAAGUAUUUCUAUGUAUGGCCACAUGAUGUACAACAUCAACGUUGAUACGUUUAUAGCUGGUCUUAUAUUUUUAACGAUUACUCAACUUAAGGUACUUAAAUACAAUCUAAAUAAUUUGAAAGUAAAUGCGAAUGAGCUGAGAUAUAGUAAAGAGUUUCAAGAAAAUCUUCAAGUGAUUAAACUUAAGCAAUGUUUAGCACAUUAUGAUAAAAUAAUACUGUUUCAAUCAAGUGUUCAAGAAAUAUCAAGUAUCACAUUGUUCGUGAUGUUUGGAAUGGCAUCAGCUAUAAUCUGCGUUAUUCUAUGUGGAUUUUAUUUACCUUCAACAACGGACAAUUUGAUAUUUAUGGUAACGUACUUAAUUACAAUGAGUGCAGCUACAUUUUUUUACUCAUGGCUGGGAAGUCAACUUAUAUACGAGAGUCAGGAAUUAGUAUUUGCAGCGUAUAGUUGCGAAUGGAUAGAUAGGUGCCAAGAAUUCAAACGCAGCGUCGUUAUUUUAAUGGAACAUGCAAAAAUACCAUUGGUAAUGGUAGGCAUGAAAAUGUUUUUAUUAUCACUGGAUACAUUUAUUACGAUUGUAAAAUCUGCUUUCUCUCUUGUAACAUUAAUAAGAAGUUUUCAAGACGAGGAAGAUGGAUCGUAA